AUGAGCACUCCUAUCCAGGCUCAGUCGAUAUCUUCGCUGACGGACUUGCUUGCGAACCCGCCUCGGUAUCCUCGAAACCCCACUCACCAAGUCCACGACCCGCUUGUCCUCUACAUCGUGAGGGUACCCGGCAGUCAAGAUGUCUUCCUUACCCCCCUCAAGCCACCUACCAAGGCUUCCAUUAGCAUCGAUGCAGUCCAGUCCAGCCUCUACUUUCUGCACGUAGAGAGACCGGAGGACGACGAACUGCGGAAAUCAUUCGAAGCCGCCAAAGCUGCAGAAAAUCGCCCCUACGGCGUUGCAGGGAUCCAGCGCAAGCCUCUACCAAAUACGCCAUAUGCCAAUUAUCCGGCUUCUCAGAGACCUCCCACCCCUCCAAAAAGCUACCCACACUAUCAACCGCCAUCAGUUGGGUCGCAAGAUGAAACCCAAGCCGACCGAUACUCCAAUCGGGGUAACCGUCUCAGACUGAAUACCUCAGACCCAUCUAAACCUCCCAUCUCUCGAAAACCCAUCGGUGCCCGGUCAAUGAUGGGGAAUGCUUACAGCGGGAAUUCAUCAAGCCUAGCCGGUUUAGAAAAUAUGGAUUCUGCCAGUCCCGAAGACAAUGGCCUGGGGAGAACAGAACUGCCGCGGAAGCCAGUCUUGACACCUGCAAUGGCAAGUGGUACCGACUUACGAAAUCAAAGUCCUAAUAGAAGCUCUCCCGUACGCUCAAGCCACGGCCCCUUUCCAGAGUUACCUCUUGAUGCGUUGCGGAUUACUUUGAUCCGCCGAGAUCCGGCAUCAGGAAACCAGUGGAAUGUUGGAAACAUAGUCUUGCCUAGCACAUCUACUCGGGAGACCCCCUUACAACACUUUGAGAUGGAGCUUAUCUCCCCAGGCUACGGACGUUUUGCUCAGAAUGAAGGAACAGCUGGGCGACCGUUCCAGAGGAAAACGGGCUACAUGCUGGUACCGAACUCCGAGUCGACACCUGGUGGGAGAAAGAGGAGCAAUUCAACAGAAUUGUUCUCAACAGCGGCCAGUGCGGCGACGAGGAAGCCACGUCAAGCAUAUUCAUUCCUUUCUCCUUGGCAAGGGAUGUGCUCUUUCAGCAACGGGAUAGACGGGAGGAGCUUGAGGUGCCGGCACAUGCUCUCAGCAGCAAACUCUGGCAUGCCCGCCCUCGCCGCAGAUGUUGCCGAGCUUCGAUUUAAUCUACCGUGGGCGAAACUCCGAUCGAAAGACAUGAGCAGGCACUAUAAUGACUCACUUAACCCACCAAUAAACGUUCCUGCCCAGCCUUCCAUGUCCAAAGAUCAUCAUCAGUGGAGAAGAAGUCUUCAGAGUUUUACUCACAAGGCUCGGGAACAACUAUCCAAGCACGAUGUCACAGAUGGCCGGCCGUCAUUCGACGCGUCUGGCGGUGGUUUUCACAACGAUGCCCGUGGCAAUAGUCAAGAUGAGGAGCGCAUGAAUCUUGACCUUGGACGAGAAAAGGCUGGGGGGGGGUUUAAGGGGCACAGUGCCAAACUCGGCAAGCUGAUCAUUGAAGACGAAGGGCUCAAAAUGUGUGAUCUGGUGGUUGCUGCGUGUAUGGGGGUUUGGUGGCAGCACUACUCUGGUGAUCUGGCGGGUUAA